AUGUUAAAGAGCCUACGGAACCGAGUGAGACGCGAGAAUGAGCCGCGCGUGCUCAUCGUGGGACUUGACAAUGCAGGGAAGACGACGCUGCUUAACACGCUUUGUGAGAACGAUGUGCCCGACUUCGAAAAGGCUCACUGCACACCCGCCGCGCCGGAGGGCCCAACGCAGGGGUUUAACAUAAAGACCCUGACGCGUGCUGGCCGGCGCGCGAAGUUGUGCGAUCUUGGCGGUCAGCGGGCGUUGAGGGAGUACUGGCAGGACUAUUACAACAACACAGACUGCAUCAUGUACGUCGUGGAUUCUUCUGAUCACCGCCGCCUCGAAGAAACCUACGCGUCGUUCGUGGAUGUGCUAAGCGGAAUUCAGGGCGUUCCUGUUCUAGUCUUUGCCAACAAACAAGAUCUGGCGACGGCAAAGCCGCCACAAGUCAUUGCAGAGACUCUCCAUCUGCAGGAGUUUCGUGAUCGAAAGUGGCACAUUCAGGGAUGCAGUGCCAAAACCGGUAUGGGUCUGGAGGAAGGCGUUGCAUGGAUCCUAAAUGUGUGCACCUCCUGA